AACCUCCUUCAUAUUCAUUUCGAGAGGAAGAAUCGCUGCUGUGAGCGCCAGAGAAAGUGGACGACAAACACGCGCAUUCGCAGCAGCUUCGGCGUGACUCGUAAAUCUCAGUUCGCCGCGAGACACCCGCGCGAGUUUCUUCCUAAAAACGUGCCAAACAGCAAAUACGUGGAAGUUUUCUAACGGUCCCUCUACGCACCUGGACAAAAAAACUUUUGUGUGGUUCGGCUGGUUUAAACGUGACUCCUUUUCUUCUCGCUACUUUUGCAAAAACGCGCCCUGCAUGAGAGAAAUCUGGCUGAGAGGCUUGUUUUGAGCAACUUCAGCAUGGGACAUUUUCUGCGGAGAACGCUUGUUUUGGAGUAAUGUUUUACAAACCUAAAUUACUCCCACAAGAAGUGCACUUCAACACAACCCAGUGCUCACAAUAACAUCCAGAGGUAGCUCUAUGCUUGCAGUGGUGAUGGGCCAGUGCUGCCCACAGCUGAGUGAAUGAGCUGACUCGGCCCACCCUCCUCGCCCAGCUGCCCAUCUCUCAGGAUGAUGAAGUCAUGGGAUUUGCUUCUCCUGUGGGUUAUUCUAGCUCAGCUCCCCUUGGCCCACUCACGUCCCGCAGUAACCGAACAAGGUCACGCAACAGCGUCUUCCGAGGAUGAGGAUGACGAUGAGUCAUCGUCAGAAGAGAACAAGCCGUCAAGUAGCCAGGAGCUCUUACCAAUGGCACCUCAUUGGGCCCAACCUGAAAAGAUGGAAAAAAAGCUUCAUGCCGUACCAGCCAGCAAAACGGUGAAAUUCCGAUGUCAGGCCGAAGGAAAUCCGAUGCCGAAACUACGCUGGCUUAAGAAUGGAAAAGAGUUCAAAAGAGACCAGCGCAUCGGGGGCUACAAGCUGCGGGAACACAUGUGGACAAUAAUCAUGGAGUCAGUGGUGCCCUCAGACAAGGGCAACUACACGUGCCUGGUGGAAAACGAAUAUGGAAGUAUUAAUCACACCUAUCAGCUGGACGUAGUGGAGCGAUCGCCUCACAGGCCUAUCCUGUACGCUGGUCUCCCUGCGAAUCGAACAGCUGUGGUCGGCAGUGAUGUAGAGUUUGUUUGCAAGGUCUUCAGCGAUCCCCAGCCUCACAUUCAGUGGCUCAAACACAUACAUGUGAACGGAAGCAAACUGGGACCUGAUGGACUCCCCUACGUACGCGUCCUAAAGACGGCAGGCCUCAACACCACCGACAAGGAGAUGGAGGUGCUCCAGUUGAGGAAUGUGUCCUUUGAGGAUGCUGGGGAGUAUACUUGCUUGGCGGGCAAUUCAAUUGGAAUCUCCCAUCAUUCAGCAUGGUUGACCGUUGUCAAAGCCCCAACCAUACCCUCUGCAGUCCCCAGUCAGUUCUACCUGGAGGUUCUGAUCUACUGCGUUGGAUUCUUCCUCAUCUUCCUCAUGGUAGGAAUCGCCACCAUCGUCAAAGUCCACAGCUCCUCCAAGAAGAGCGACUUCAGUAGCCAGCUGGCCGUCCAUAAGCUGGCCAAAAGCAUUCCUCUCCGCAGACAGGUGUCUGUGGAAUCCAGUUCCUCUCUGAACUCUGGUGUGAUGUUGGUCCGACCUUCACGGCUCUCCUCCAGCGGGACACCCAUGCUGUCAGGGGUGUCUGAGUACGAGCUGCCCCAGGACCCAUGCUGGGAGGUGCCCCGAGAGAGGCUGGUACUUGGGAAACCUCUGGGUGAGGGCUGCUUUGGUCAGGUGGUGAUGGGCGAAGCCAUCGGACUGGACAAAGACAAGCCCAACCGCAUAACUAAAGUUGCUGUGAAAAUGCUGAAAUCUGAUGCCACUGAGAAGGAUCUGUCUGACCUCAUCUCAGAGAUGGAGAUGAUGAAGAUGAUCGGAAAACACAAGAACAUCAUCAACCUGCUCGGAGCUUGUACCCAGGAUGGCCCUCUGUAUGUCAUUGUGGAAUACGCCUCUAAAGGAAACCUGCGGGAAUAUCUGCGUGCCCGCCGGCCACAUGGCAUGGAGUACUGUUACAAUCCUGACCAGGUGCCUGUGGAGAGCAUGUCCAUUAAAGACUUGGUCUCCUGUGCCUACCAGGUGGCUCGUGGCAUGGAGUACCUGGCAUCCAAAAAGUGUAUCCACAGAGACUUGGCAGCACGCAAUGUACUUGUUACAGAGGACAAUGUGAUGAAGAUAGCAGACUUCGGUUUGGCCCGGGAUGUUCAUCACAUAGAUUACUACAAGAAGACUACAAAUGGCCGGCUGCCUGUCAAAUGGAUGGCACCUGAGGCUUUAUUUGACAGGAUUUACACUCAUCAAAGUGACGUGUGGUCUUUUGGUGUUCUACUGUGGGAGAUCUUCACUCUGGGGGGCUCGCCUUAUCCAGGAGUGCCUGUGGAAGAGCUCUUCAAGCUACUGCGAGAAGGUCAUCGCAUGGACAGACCCUCAGCCUGCACUCAGGAGAUAUACCUGAUGAUGAAAGACUGCUGGCAUGCAGUUCCCACACAGAGGCCAACUUUUAAAAAGCUGGUAGAAGACCUUGAUCGCACUCUGUCCAUGAUAUCCAAUCAGGAGUAUCUGGACCUCUCCGUUCCCCUGGAGCCCAUGUACUCUCAGGUCAUCCUGAAUGAACGGAGUUCCACCUGCUCCUCCGAGCCGGACUCAGUCUUUCUAAGAGAGUCUAGACCCGAAGAACCCUACAUCCCUCCGACAGUCUCCCCACAACAAACUGUACGAUCCUUCAAAAAACGCUGACAGUAGAGAACACCUGCACCUCUAUGUUCACAGAGGAUCUCUCUGCAUCUUUCUGCUUCCUCUGACUCGUAAACUCUGCAGGCUCGGAGACUGAGGUCAGCCUGGGCUUUUCUAGCACAGAAACGCAAGCGGGAGGAAAUGUUUCAUACCAGCAGACUCAAAAACAAGACUGAUCACAACA